AUAAUUUGGUAGAAUUGUCAAUUUUUAACGGGUUGCGGGCAGACGGCAGCCAAUGUUAAAACUCAAUAUCUAUUAUCUCAAUUAAAUUCAGUAUCCAUUAAAUCACAAUAAUAAUAUACAAUAUUUUUGUUUUGUUAUAUAAUGAAUAAUGCCGCUUUUCGUUAAUGUAUUAAAUUGUAGUUAUAUGCGCGCUUGGCAAUAUUUCAAAGUUGAAUGUAGAUAAGAUAUCAACUAAAGAAAAAAUAACUAACUAAACAAUUAACCGAGUAGUAGAAUUUUCAUCUAAAAAAACCGAAUUCUUUUUAGAAAUUAGAAUGGAUAAAGUCACAAAGUCACCGGACGAAGACUCUUCGGUAAAAGAUAAACCGAUCAUAAUGAAUUCUAAAAUUUUAACUAAAAACUUAAACUUUCAUUUUCGUCAUUCGUCAUUUAAAAGUGAUUUACAAAAGAAAGCGGUUUCUAAAAUACUCGAACGCAGCUGUGAUGUGUUUGUGUCAAUGCCAACUGGUUCCGGAAAAUCCUUAUGCUUUCAACUUCCGGCAGUGCUCCAUUCACCAAAAGUCACUAUAGUUUUUUCUCCUUUGAUAGCGCUGAUGAAGGACCAAAUAGAUCAUUUAAAUCGAUUAAAGAUUUGUGCAGAAACGAUUAAUUCAAAAAUGGCUGCGUCUGAUAGAAAACGAGUAAUCAACGAUCUGUACUCUGUAAAAGUUACCACAAAACUGUUGUAUGUCACUCCAGAACAGGCCGCCACCGAAUUCUUUAAAAAACUAUUAAGUUAUUUAGUGCGGAAAAACAAGUUGGCUUAUAUUGUAGUCGACGAAGCUCAUUGCGUCAGUCAAUGGGGUCAUGACUUUAGACCUGAUUAUUUGAAACUGGGCCAGUUAAGAGAAUUAUAUCCACAAAUUCCUUGGAUAGCAUUAACUGCGACUGCUAGUGCUGAAGUAGUAAAAGAUAUAAUGUCUGCACUUAGUCUCAAAAAUCCAGUUUCCAAGUUCACAACACCGUGUUUUAGAUCUAAUCUAUAUUACGAUGUAAUAUUUGACGACACAAUCAGCAAUUCAUACCAGCAUUUAAAAGAAUUUAUCGAUCAGUGUUUAAACGACGACGAUGAAGGAAACACUACACCGUUGAACCAACCGUGUGGAAUAAUAUACUGUAGAACAAGAGAGUUAACCGAAGAAAUCGCUACGGUUCUUAGUCGAAGAGGAGUGUCUAUAGCCCCUUACCAUGCUGGAUUAAAAGACAAAGAAAGACUAGCAGUUCAAGAAGCAUUUAUGAGCGGCCACUUCCAAGUCAUUACGGCAACUAUAAGUUUUGGUAUGGGCGUCGAUAAAGCAACAGUGAGAUUUGUUGUUCAUUGGGGUAUGCCGUCAAGUAUUCCGGCAUAUUAUCAAGAGUCCGGCAGAGCGGGAAGAGACGGUAGGCAAGCGAGAUGCCGAAUUUACCAUUCAAAACAAGCAAAGAGUUCAUUAGAUUUUAUUCUAAAAUCUGCAAUCACCCAAGCUAAAACACACGACAAGCAAAAAAAAGCCAAAGGCAGUUACAACAUGUUUUUAAAAAUGAUACAAUACUGUGAAAGUGUAAAAUGUCGACACGAGUUUUUCGCUGAUUAUUUCGGAGACAGAAAACCAAAUUGUGUUGAUAAAUGUGAUGUUUGCGUAAAUGAAAAAACCGUUAAGUUAGAUUUGGAUGUGUUCAUGUAUGGAAUAAACAACCGUCUGCAUACAUUUGUUUCAAAUGAACAGCUAGUGUCUAGUGAUUUUUAUGGCGGAGGUCGUCAUUCUGCUAAAGAAAUGGCAGAGGAGUAUUUAAAUGAUGGAGAUAGAGACGACUGCCAAAAAAAUGUCGAAUUGGAAUUGGAAAUAAAAAGGCAGUUUGAGAUAAGGCGAUCCAAUCAGUCAAAUAUUGAUAGAGAUAAUGAAAAAGUCAUAAAGAAUGCUAAUGUUCGAGCAGCAUCGGCUACAACUACUAAAGUUAAUGGCUUACAAUUAUCUGUGCGUGAAGAAUUGUUGCGUUAUUUAGAAGAGCAUUUAAAGAAGAAUAUAGAGGCAUGUUCUCUGUCCGAUUCCCAUGCUACAGAAGUGUCGCCCAAAGACAUUCAUAGUAUAGCCGUUAAUUUGGAGUAUGAAGCAUUCAACAGUUCAAGAGUUGUAUCGCUUUAUCGAAGAGCCAUUGCUAAAUUUAUAUCGCAGAUUAAAUCUGACACAAAUACAUCUACUCUCUUUGAGAAGAUUAAGAAUUACUCGAGCAUGUCAAAUAAUGAUAAAUUAUCAAAUGUCCCGUCGUCCAGCCAAUGUGUUAUUCUUCCGCCCAUUAUUACAGCUUCCGAUUUAGUUCAAACGCAUGUUAACAACAAAAAAAGUGACCCAAUCGUUAAGAGAGGAAUAAAACGUGAUUAUCUAACUCAACAAUCAAUGAAGUCCUUUGUCUUUCCUUGUGACAAAUCAAAAGACAGUAACCAAGAAAGCGAUGAAUGUGUUACGAAAAAAGCCAAAUACGAAACAAACACAACAAGUGAUAUGGAUAUAUCUUCUGACGACGAAGUUCAAAUAAUAGAAACGCCCAUUGAUAUUAUAGAAAUAAAAGAUUCCAGCGAUGAUUUCGAUAAUAAAGAGUCUUGUAACGAAAAAAGUUUAGACAGUUGUGAUAAAAACAACAUCGAUUGUAAUGUGUCUUCUUCAAACGAACACCCGGUUCUUAAAAUUACAAUGGCGUCUGAUCUACUUAAAAAAGCAAACAAAAAAAAAAGAACAAAAAGCCGUUUCGAUGUUUGUUCAGAUACUAAAAGUAAGAGCAGCCGAUCUGUGAAAAAAUCUCCUUUAAUUUUCGAUAGUGAAAAAACGUUAACCAAUAAUUUUAAUUUAAUUCAGUGUUCGGAUAAAACCACAGUCAACGAUAAAAAACUAUCAAAGAGUAAUGAUUUAAAUGUUAUUUUGGACCAAUUGGCAGAAAUUAUUGAACCGUUGACCGAAAAAAAAGAGUGUAACAGUUCGAAGAGGAAAGAAGCAACUACGACAGAACUGAAAUGCGAUGACUACAAAAGGCCUGCCGUUGAAUCAAGACUGUCUGAUCAGAGUGAGACCUGCUCUACUCCUUUUAAGAGUAACAUGACUAGUCUUUUUGGCGACGACAGUGAUAACGAUAAUGUUUUGGUAGUGGACACAAAAAAGAAAUCAUUAGGCAUAAGAUUAGGUGUAUCUAAUAGCAAUAAUGAAAAAAGAAGACAAGAUUGUAAACCGAAAAACGAUUCCAAGUUGUUAGACGCAAAGCAAAAACAGAAAAAAUUUGAACUAUCCACUAAGGUUAUAACAUUGUUGAAUCCUUAUUACAAACAAAAAUUAUUUAAAAAUAGAGAACUGUUCAAAUUCACUGCAAGAGAGAUUGUACACAAAUUGAUGGAUGCUUCGAAUAAUCCGGCCGAAGAAGAUAUUAAACUGGUUAUUGAGAAAUUAUUUCCUAAUAACGAGAAAUCAGUUCUUGAAUAUGAAGAUCAAGUUAUCAAUAAAAUUGGAACAAACUCAUGAUCUUCAACACUUGUUAAUUGCUAUGCUGUCUGCACGUAGAGAUUUCCAAGAUAAAUGAUUUUAUAAGGAGUUCAAUGUAAAAGUAUAAUAAUAUGUGUUUUGUGAGUGGCGUUCAAUGUCCAUUCUGCGCGGUUCGGAAUUCAAAUGGC